UGUUUCUAGGUGUCUAGCAACAGCUAUCAGCCCAGACAGCCGGCGGCAACGGGAGCGGUAUUUCUCGGUGUAUCCUUCCACGAUUAUUCGCUGCCGGGUAUUCAUAAUUAUUAGUCGCUUGGCUGAAAGUAGUGGAAAAAACAACCCUGAGCCCUGCACAGAGAUAUGAGCGGCAGCGGGCGGCCCAGGACCAGCUCGUUUGCUGAGCCGCCAGGUGUGCCAGGAACCGCCGCUGCGUCCACCGGAUCAGCCGCUGCCGUGGGGAGCAGCACAGGAAAGUCCGGGGUCCCGCAGGCCUCCGGCAGCAGCUCGUCGGGAUGCUCGAACCUUAAGCUAGCCAGAGACAGUGGGAAGGUGACGACAGUUGUGGCCACACCAGGUCAGGGACCGGACCGCCCACAGGAAGUCUCUUACACCGACAUCAAGGUGAUUGGCAAUGGGUCAUUUGGUGUGGUGUACCAAGCUCGCCUCAUCGACAGCCAGGAGAUGGUGGCCAUUAAGAAGGUUCUGCAGGAUAAGAGGUUUAAGAAUCGGGAACUACAGAUCAUGAGGAAGCUGGAUCACUGCAACAUUGUCAGACUACGUUACUUCUUCUACUCUAGUGGCGAGAAGAAAGAUGAAGUGUAUCUCAACCUGGUGCUGGACUUUGUCCCUGAGACGGUGUACAGGGUUGCCAGGCAUUUUAACAAGGCGAAGAGCAUCAUUCCUAUCAUAUAUGUGAAGGUGUACAUGUACCAGUUGUUUCGCAGUCUGGCUUACAUCCAUUCCCAGGGUGUGUGUCACAGAGACAUCAAGCCUCAGAACCUGCUUGUCGACCCAGAAACUGCCAUCCUCAAGCUGUGUGACUUUGGCAGCGCCAAACAGCUGGUCCGCGGUGAACCCAACGUGUCGUAUAUCUGCUCACGAUAUUAUCGCGCCCCUGAGCUAAUUUUUGGUGCCACAGACUACACGGCAAACAUUGACAUCUGGUCAGCAGGCUGCGUCCUGGCUGAGCUGCUGCUCGGACAGCCCAUAUUCCCCGGUGACAGUGGGGUGGACCAACUAGUAGAGAUUAUCAAGGUGCUGGGAACCCCAACAAGGGAACAAAUCCGAGAGAUGAACCCCAACUACACAGAAUUCAAGUUCCCUCAGAUUAAAGCCCAUCCAUGGACCAAGGUGUUUAAACCUCGCACCCCUCCAGAAGCCAUUGCUCUCUGCUCCCGGCUGCUGGAGUACACGCCAGCUUCCCGGCUUUCCCCACUAGAGGCCUGUUCGCAUGCCUUUUUCGAUGAGCUGCGCCAGCCCAACACACGACUGCCCAGCGGCCGAGAUUUGCCGAUGCUCUUCAACUUCAGCCCCACAGAGCUGUCAAUCCAGCCCCAGCUGAACUCAACCCUCAUUCCUCCUCACGCUCGCUCUCAUACAGCUGCUUCCGCCCACGAUGGUACCGGUUCAGAUUCAUCCCAACACAGUUCAGUACCAGGAUCUCUUAACAGCAUCUAAAGCAGCCUCUCACCUGCCUGCCUGCCUGCCAGCCUCACCCUUACCUCAGACACACACACACACACACACACACCUCUCUCACUCUCUCUCUGUCUCUCUCUCUCUCUCUCUCUGUCUCUCUACUGCUUUCCUCCAUGCUGCUUGCUCUCCUCUUAGAUGAUCUGUUUUUGUACAGUAAAUGCAUUGAACAAACAAACAUUAGUUCUUUAGCUGCCAGGGUUGAAACUACAGCAGGAGAUUGUUACACACACAGAGUUUCGCUGCUGCUCGGGUGGUAUGUGAAGGUUCAAUAGUGGGGGCUGGUCCUCUGUAAUAUAACCUUUUUUUAAAUCAACAUUUUUUUUUUCUUCUUUAUAUUUGUGUUUAUUUAUUUGACUAAUUGAAAGCAUCAUGUGAUCACACAAUGUUUUAUCUCUUUUUUCAAGUCAGAAUAUUUUUUUAUAUUCAGUGUUUUUGCAUCCCUGUUAGUAAGGGGUGGCCUGUACACUGCCUGACCAAGAUCAGAACUGGCCCCUAAAUAGGUCAUCAGGGUAAAAGGAAUUUUAUUCCACUCAGGACGGGAGAGCGGAUGCAGGGACUAAUAAAUUCCCAAUUCCUCCAGCCUCAUUAUUUUAACAAUCCAGCCUGAUGUUUUUAAAUUAUUGUUUAUUUAUCUACUUAUGUAGAGUAGAAAAUCUCAUCAGUACCCUGUAGCAGUUAUCAGUGUUGGGUCGGAGGUGUAUUGGAUUGCCCCUUACAUGACUCAUGUUCAGUGGUUGCAUUUAUACAGACUGGACUGGAGAUAUCCACCGCGUCUCCUAUCCAUCUGUUUAUUUCCUGUUCUAGAGAGUUUUGUCUGGCAAAAGAGUGAAAUAUUCCUCUAGGAAACAGUUCCCCUACCUGUUCACACUUCUAUAUAAAUAUGGGUAAGAUAAAUCACAGAUUUUCAGCUUUUAUUGUUUUUUUUUUUUUUUUCAACUAAGGAGGGCAGAGGUGUUAUUUUGUUGGAAAGACAAUUAUGUCAAACAUCCAGAAGAAUACUUCUUGACUCCUGCUCUUGUUCACCUCAAAAUUUCACUUAGGUGUGUAAAUUUCAGUUGUGAAGAAAGUGUGAAUGUGGUGUUCAGCCAAAGCGGAGGAGAUACUCAUCGAAAAAAAAAAAAUUAGCAUUUUGAAGUGAGUAAACAAAUUAGAACCAUAAUAGUGCAACUAAAUGUACAUGUGUGGAGGCUGCACAGUGUGCUGCUUGUUCUCUGUCCUGCAAACUGUUCAAUUGAUGAUUAAAUGAAAACCAGCAGUGCUCUGGAUACCACUGUCCUAAAUCAUUACAGCAGUAGCUCCCUGUAAUCCCUUACAUGGGAUACUGACGGUUGUCUAAUAAACUGGAGGUUGAUCGUUAAUCUGCAUCACAACAUCAGUGCUUCUUAAAGAAAUUGUUUCCAGACUUUGUUUAUGUGAAAAUAACCAAAUUUACGCCCCCUUUGAACCGCCUAUAAAUGACAGCCUUCACUAGUUUCACUUGUGCCAGGCGGUGGCGGUGGCGGUUCACUGUGGAGGAAACAGUUCAGAAAUGUCUUUAAAGGCGUGUUCCACUAAAAUUGGCUGGAAUGUCAUUAUUUUAAUUAAACCAAAAAAAAGUAAACAUUUUUGUGUUGUUUUUCAUUUUGAGCUUUCAAAACAGGAAACAACUUUAAUUGAGCCAUUUAAGAGGAUGUAAGCAUGAUGUCUUUGUUUUAACAAAUCAUUUUAAAGCUUUAAAAAGUAUUUAAACAUAGUAAAUGUGGUAAUUUAUGGCUCCUCUUUACAACUUCCUGUGGUCUUCCUGUUAGGCCUGUUGACAUGUAUUGAUACAGAAUACAAUAGAGUGCUUUUGCCAGCCUGAUUCAUUAUUUUAUUUUAUUUUAGUCUAGAAUAUUAUAAACGUGUCUCUCUAAAACCUGUAUGAUCCCUUGGAAAUUAUUAGCAGAUUAAACACGGAUGCUAUCUAAUCAAAAAGUCCCUUUUGGUGGAAUUCCCCUUUAGUUCAAAGGCCAUUGCUGUGCUGGUGUUAAUGUAGAAAAGUGGGUUUUUGAGAUUGAAUGGUGGUCCACCUGAAGAAUACUGGGGCUCUGAUUUUAAUGUUUUAUUAAACCUGAUGGGAGGGUUCUUCAUCUUCAUGUAAAUUUAUUUAUCUAUUUGUUUUUGGAUGAGAGUUUGAUGCCAAAUAGGGCUUUGAAAUGGUGUCACAGCGUCUUUAGCAAACUGUACUCGGCGUCAGUGGUAAUUAAAGAAACGCUCUCUCCUGAAGAAGCUUCGUAGAAACAAAUUAACUCUGACAUUUGCUUCAGGUCUUUAGUGCUGUACGCAGAAACAAAGCAUGAGGGAGAUUAAUGAAAAAGGCUUAAUGUGAAUAGUAGUUGAUCAAGUACCUGUUCUGUGCUCUUGUACUUCUAUCUCUCUGAGGACCGAUUCGACUUUUACCCCGUAAGAGUGAAAAAAGAGGCUUGGUCAAAGUUAGAAUUAGGUUAUGGUCAUGGGUCAGAGAAUGUAUUAUCACACUCACGACAUCCUCUCACAUAUAGAAGUACAAAUGUGUGUGUGUGUGUGUCUUACCAUAUUCCAACCUGCAGUAUGAACAGCCAGUGUUUUAGGGAUUAGAGCAGUCAAUAAUACAGAUUUUUAGUAAGCAGUGAAGACCACUUGAAAGUUUGUAGUAUAGUAUAUUUGAUACUAUUGUACCAUGCCUCCACCUGCUGUUUUUACCUGCAGCCAUCUCUGUUUCUUUUCUUUUUUCUUUUUUUUUUUAAAUAUAAGUGAAGAGCUGUGAUGCUUUUUGAAUUCCACCACUGGACACAUUCACAUUGAUUUCAUAUGAGGAGAGUGGAGAGCAUUUUUCAACCUCUGUCCCUCCAUGGUUUUCCCUCCCAGCUGCUUGUAUGGGUUUCAGACUGCUAAGCUCCCAGUCCUGUGGGUUACUGCCGGCCACAUUCUGCUUUUCUUUGCUGUAAAGAGUCCAACCGGCAUGUUUGAUUACCUCUGCGGGGUGCCUCACACUCAGAGCUGUCAGACUUUCUGUGGCAAUGAAAAGGUGUGUGGAGAAAAAAAAACAAAAGCUGCACCCAGCUAUAGGAAUCAAACAUGGCUGAUUUUUCUCUUCCCCAAUCUCAGAAGCCCCCCCCCUCUCCUUCCCUUACUGCACGUGUAAAUAUCACUGAUUUUUAUUUUCCUCUUUUUACUUUUUAUUACAGAGUUGUUUAUAUCUUAUUUCCCUCAUCCUGUCGAUGAAGCAGUCUUAGUUUGGGCAUUUUUUGUAAAUAAGUUUCUUUUUUCACAAUUCAAAAGUGUAAAUAGUGCAAAGGAAAAAAAAAAAAAAAUCAGCCUACUCCUCAUGUUUGUUGAUGAUCUUUCUCUCUCUUUCUCUGACUCGUAGUCAAGUGAAAAUUGUAAAGUAGCUGUUAAUAUCGUUACUCAGCCUAACAGGGAGGACUCAGCGGUCUUGUGGGGGACCACCGGACUGAAUGAAUAUUUCACAGGUUCUGUUCCAAAAUGCGUGAAACCUCUCUAGAACCGAAUUGACUGAGGCGUGUCAUGUUUGCCCGUUUGAGCCACGUGGCAGCGGCAUCUUGAAUCUGGCCCCCACAGUGUUCUCUCCAACCUGCCCGUCUACUGUUGAUCUACACAGUAUAAUAAAUGCAUAAUGUUUAAAACAGUGAUGUUUGUUUUGCUUCUUCACCAUGAUAAAAUUAAAAAAGAGCAGUUUUUUGUUUUUCAGUAAAGCACCUUAAUGGAAGUAACAAACUCAAACAUUUAGAGGGUGCAGAUUCUCCACAAGAGGGAGCUAUUCAAUCAUUAUACAUUUUUACCUGUGCCAAUCAUAGUGAAACAUGUUCAGGAUGCUUUUUCAACUUCAUUCUGUUUCCUUUUGUCCUCCUAUAAUCUCCCAUUUUAUUCUACAGUGAUCACAGGAAACACAAUCACACUAAGAUGCUGAAAACUAAAGUCUUUAAACUGUUAAAUUUAAAGCUCAACACCCCAAAAGCAGCAGCUAUAGAAAACAAAAGGCCCCAAUUAGAGACUUGGAUCAGACUGCAGAGGCCUAGAAGCAUCAUUUAUCUCUAUCUCCACCCCAGUAGCUGAUCUUUCUCUAUUACAAACCAAUGUUGCAGCAAUUUUAUCAUAUUUCAUGCAGCUCCCUCUGGAGCCAUAAAGGGUUUAUACAACUUGUUUUCCUCGUGCGCAGUAGAACUCCCCCAAAACCUUUAAACAGACUUUCGUGUGUACAAUUGUUGCAGUUUCUUGCCCGUAGUUGGCGCCAGUGAGACUGGAACUUCAGGUUUUUUGUGUCUUUCUUUUUCUUCCACAUACUUGAUUGUUCUCGUUUUUGGAACAGAACUUUGUUUGUGUGUCGUGAUAGAUUGCAAUAUAUUAUUACUGUGCAGUAUUGAGAAAAAUGACGCUGGCAUUUCCACAGACGGUGUGAUGUCUGACUCAAGAGAUCUCAAAAGGGUAUAGUUGGACUAGAAAUCCCAUUAUGGUGUCCAGCUAGUACUUAACACGGGCAUUUUGUAUUAUGUGCUGGACGGUAUUCAGAAUUGCUGCUAAUGAUCACAAUAUGGCAGAAACAGACAUUUGUGUUGAGACUGCAGACAGAGCCAUCUAUCAGCUCUGUGUGUGUGUGCGUGUGUGUGUGUGUUUGUGGUCAGGCAACGUGCAGAAAUGUUGCUCCGCUUGACCGACAGUUUCAAGCAAACUGAAUCUCAGAAAUUGUAGUUUUCUUUGUGUUUUUAAAUUCUCCAAAAAACUCAGUUGUGUGUUAAUAUUACCCUCCCUUAUUCUAACCGAGGGAGGUCUCUGCAUCUCUUAAUAUGUAACUUUUAUUUAAUUUUUGUACUCCAAUGCUGUUCGGUGUGGUGUCAUUCUGUCCUGGUGGACUGAUUUGUUGGAGUGACGGAGAUAGAGAGAGAGAGAGAGAAAGAAACACAAACCUGUUUGUCUCUGUUCUGUGUGUGUAUGAUAUGGACUCAUUUACUGUAAUAAAGUGAUGAAACUGUG